AUGGCCGCCAUCCCUGCCACGUUCAAAGCGUACGAGUACCAGCACUUCGGUGACUUCCUCGACGAGAUCAAGUUCAACCCCGCCAGCAGAAGCCCUGCCUCGCUCAACCCUAUCGACUGUAAGAUCGGACUCUACGCGUCCAUGAUCCUAUCCACCAUGGCAUCGCCCGAGCACCCGUACCGUGUGGGCCACGACCUGUCCGGUAAGGUGGUGGAAGUCGGAAGUGACGUGAAGGACUACAAGGUGGGCGACGAGGUGUUCGCCAUGCCGUGGUUCGACGCCACCGGCACAUUCGCCGAGUACAUCAACGUGGACACGAAGCGUGUGGCACACAAGCCGAGCAACAUGACGUUCAACGAGGCCGCGGGUGUGCCUCUUGCCGGUCAGACGAGCUGGCAGGGACUGGUGACGUACGGCAAACUCCAGAAGGGUCAGCGUGUGCUCAUUUUGGGCGGCAGCAGCGGCACGGGUCUGUUCGCCAUCCAGAUCGCCAAGGCACUUGGUGCUGAGGUCGUUGCUACAUGCAGUCACCGCAACGUGGAGCUGGUCAAGUCACUGGGUGCUGACCAGGUCAUCGACUACACGAAUGCCAAGUGGAGUGAGGUACUGGCCGAGCACUCGGUGGACCUCAUCUACGACUGCGGCGUGGAGUCUCAGUCGUGGAGCGACGCGGCACAGAAGGUGCUUAAGGAGCAGACCGGUAUCUUUGUGACCAUCGGCAUGAUCGACAAGCCGAUCGAGUCUUCCAUUGGCGCCACGCAAAACCAGAUCUUCAACGCGCCAUGCACGGAGUAUCUACUGGAGCUGAAGAAGUUGAUUGAAGCCGGCCAGGUGAAGAUCAUCAUCGACUCGGUGCACCCGUUGGAGAACCUGGUGGAGGCCAUGAAGAUCUGUAUGUCGCACCGUGCGAAGGGCAAGAUCAUCAUUGAGGUGACCAAGGAGUAG